AUGGAGAAGAUUGAAGAGGGGCUCACAAAUGCGAUUACUGGGAAAUUGAACGAUUUGCCCAGCAAAGAGAGCGAACCGGGCGAGCACGCGCUCGAGAGGGCCGAACACGAAUUCGAGAUGGAUCCGGCUUCGAACAAGGAACGAAUCGAAGACGAGAAGACGGUUCGAUUCCAUCACAAAGAGCCACAAGAGCCUGGAUCGAGGCUGAAUGAACAA